CAUUUUAUUCAGAAAUAAUAUAUAAAAAUGUAGACUGAAUCGAUAGACGAUUUUCCCAAUUUAGUAAUUACCAUUACCUUGAUUUCGAUAAACACCACUGCACUUAUGACGUGAAGUGACCACUUAAAAUUUGCAAUCAAAGAUUAAUAUCAAAUAUUUGUGAAUUCGUAAUUUACACUAUUGAAUUUAAAGAAUUGCCAUUUUCAACUGAAAUGUAUAACCAAUUUACAUGCAUAUAUAGCUUCCUUCCAUCUCGACACAAUUUUUCUAAAUUGUGAUAUGAAAAUCAAACUUUUGCUCUCACUUUCCGAAAUAAGACGUUUUUUUGUUGCAAGAAUUCGAUACAAAUUCAUAAAUCACUCAUUUAUAUAUAGUUAAUUUUCUAAUUAUAUGUUACCGUAAAUUAAUACAUUGUAGUGAAUAAUCAAUAAUUUAUUAAGAGUGGAACGAAAGAUAUUACCACGAGGUAUCCGUGAACGUAGCAGAGCACUUACCAGAAUAGCACAAAAAUGGAGUUGUGUUAGAAAACGUAAUAAGAAGUAUUACUGGUUAUUUUUAGAAAGAGUCCAGCUCCUCGCAGUUUCAUGAUCACCGCAGAGCAUGUCUUCUGGCAAAGCAAGGUCUCAAUAAUACACAAUACUUAUACCUACAAUUUAAAUCACUUUUUUAGUAGCGGGUAGCUGCUACGAGAACGAUGUUUGUACUUAGUUUAUAACAACUACCUGAGCCCGGCGUAAUUUCGGAUGUUAUAUAGCCGAUAGCGGUGUAACCUUCCCUGAUGGACCAUCCAAAACCAAAAGGUUUUAGGUAAAUUCAACAGAAUAAACUUUUCAGCUAGCUAGCUAAUAUUAGUGUAGGUUUAGUGCGACUCUGUAGAAACGUUAUUCUAUGAUCAUAACAAUCUUUAGUACUACAUAUAAUAUAUUAGUAUAACCUUUGUCAUGAAUUCUAUAUUAUUAAUAUUUACAUCACAACUAUUCAGUGCGGGUUAAGAAUAGUGAACAAGUUGUCUGAAGCGAGUAGCCAUGGACGAUAUUACAGGCGAAAGGCUAGAUUUUGAGGAAGCCAUAAAUAAAACUGGUUUCGGUAAAUAUAAUAUUUGUCUACUAAUUGCUUGUUGCCUGUUGAUUUUGGCCAUGUACAUAGACAUAUUUGGUUUCUCCAUUGUGUUACCAGACGUGGCUUGUGAUAUGGGAUUAUCGACGACGCAACAGGGACUUCUCUCCGCGAUACCAUUGAUUGGAGUCAUGAUUUCUUCAUAUGUCUGGGGUCUAAGUACCGACACGAUCGGACGUCAGAAGACAUUGUUAUUGGCCAUGCCGGUGAGCAUUAUUUGGAGUUUAGUAGCUAGUAUGACGCCGACGUACACUUCAUUGGCAGUACUCAAACUUAUGUCAGCUUGUUUUUCAUCAUCAGCGAAUGCUGCAGCAUUCGUACUUCUAGGAGAAAGUGUUCCGUCUGCUUACAGGAGCAAAUUUAUGUUCCUUAUGGCCAGUGCUACUAUGUUUGUUCAGCUUAUUAUAAGUAUUGUCGCACUUCCCAUUCUUCAGCUUACCUUCAGCAUUAGUAUGCCCUUGAUCAACCUGAACUACCGACCUUGGCGACUCCUCCUCCAGCUAAUAACAUUCCCAGGGAUAUUUGGGACUAUUGGUAUUAUGUUGGUGCGAGAGAGUCCUAAAUUCCUACUUAGUAAGGAUCACGAAAAGGACGCGAUCGAUGUGUUGAAAACUAUACAUAAAUGGAAUAAGGGAUCGAGUGAAUUCAAAAUAUCAUCAGUACACCUUAAGGAAACCAUCACUACAUAUUCUGGAAAUUCAGUUUGGAAAAAAAUUUGGAAUCAAACGGCACCUCUCUUCAAACCACCGCUUUUAAAAAACUCUCUGAUACUUUACUAUAUGUUACUAUGUGCAUACAUGACAUCGACUGGCUACACAAUGUGGGUACCAACAAUGACAAACGCAUAUUUUAAUGGAGAAGAUAACAAUGGAAAAACUUUUUGUGAAGUGGCCAGUAAAGCUGCAUCUCAAAAUAAUUUGACCACUGAUUGUAGUACCACGAUUCAACCUAUGACAUUAUAUGCGGUCAUGUGCUAUUCGGGCAUGUCGGGGACGCUAAAUAUACUCCUCACAUUCAUAGUCGGGCCACUGGGUAAAAAAAGGACAACGUUAUUAGUCUUUAUUAUCGCAAUCGUAGCCGGUGUAUUGCUUCUCUUCGUGAAGCCAUCGAUAGCCAGCAUUGGACUGUUCUUCAUAUUUCUUUAUGUGGCUUUAAUAUUGGGAAAUGUAAAUACGUAUUUAGUGGAAUUAAAUCCGACACAAUUAAGAGGAAUGGCGACAUGCUUGUCUGUGGUUGUGGCCAGAGGCUUUGGGUUCUUCAGCGUUCAGCUAAUCGCCACGUUGUUGUCUGACCACUGCAGACCAAUGAUUGGAGGAUACAUCGCUCUCAUUACAAGUGGAUUACUGAUAGCGAUAUGGUUACCGGCAGAUAACUCUCCAGGUGGAAACCGUUACAGUCGAUAAAAUUUUAUUCAAACUA